AUGACCCCCUCUGUACCACAGGACUCUAGGAACUUGCAUUACGAACAUCUCGGAAUGCCUUCAAUCAACCCCAUAUCCCAGUCAGCGUCAACAUUGGCUACACGCAUCGCAACUUCGAAAAACGCAUUUCCAUACGGCCAAGACAGCCUGUCCGGACUACCAGAUUUAAAGCAUUAUAACUUCUCGUCCGACUUCUCCCAUCAACCCGACACCCCAAAUUCGCUCAACCUGAAUGCAUUUGGUGGUGCAUCACGCUAUGCAAUGGCGAUGAACUCCCAUUUCUCCGCGUACGACCGUGGGCAAAGCCAUGAUAGCCACCCCAUUACGCCGAAGCACGAAGACUAUUUCUCCCUUGGUGGGCAAACAUCGCUGCUUAAUUCAAGCCCCGAUUUUUUACAUGCAUCAGAAAGCAAUCCAUUGUUGAGCCAGGAUCGCCCAUUCUUCAAAAGCUAUUUAGAGUCUCCAAGCAGCAAAAGGCAUGCGCUAGCAAAUUCCUAUUCCGGGUUUAAACCAAUCAACUACCGCCCGGACAUUACUGAGUCGACCGAGAAUGCGGACUCGCGAGACACUUCGGCAGGUGAUAUCAAGGUUGAGUCACAACUUUGCGACAUUGUGCACCCGAGCCUGCACAAUGACAACGAUGAACCUAAUUUCAAUACGGAUGGCACCUGGGCAGCUAACACUAUGCUUGGAGGUCUUCCGACGCAUCUGGGUCGUGAAGGCUCGGCUGUUUGA